AUGCAGAAGCGCCAAGUCCAGGAGUUCAUGACCGCUUUCGGCGGUCUUGUUGACCACUGCUUCGUGUCCUGCGUCGACGACUUCACCUCCAAGGCCCUGUCCACCCGCGAGACCGGCUGCAUCAACCGUUGCGUCCUCAAGUGGAUGGCGACCCAGCAGCGCGUGAGCGACCGUUUCCAGGAGCACAACCAGAACCUGGCCCAGCAACAGGCCAACCAGGCCAGCCGAUAG